AUGUCUUUCCAGAACUACGAAUACCAAAACCAGCAAGACGGCGCUGCAUCUGCCGGUGCUCCUGCCCCUGCCGACACCAAUAUGACCGGCCAAUCUGACCCUUCUCCCGCUCCUUUCGCUGGCACUCCCGGCGAGCCCUCUGCUGCUGCAUCUCAGCAGGGCGGUGACGGCAAGACCACUCUCUGGAUGGGCGAGCUCGAGCCUUGGAUCGACGAAAAUUUUAUCCGCAACCUUUGGUUCCAGAUGGGUGAACAGGUUAAUGUCAAGAUGAUUCGCGACAAGUUCUCCGGAAGCAAUGCCGGUUACUGCUUUGUCGAUUUCUCCAACGCUGCUGCUGCCGGCAAGGCUCUUACCCUUAACGGUACCCCCAUGCCCAACACGACCCGCGCUUUCAAGCUCAACUGGGCUACCGGUGGUGGACUCGCCGACCGCGGCCGUGACGAGCGCGGCCCUGAAUACUCGAUCUUCGUCGGUGAUCUCGGCCCUGAAGUCAACGAAUACGUUCUCGUUUCCCUCUUCCAGAGCCGUUUCCCAUCGUGCAAGUCCGCCAAGAUCAUGACCGACCCCAUCAGUGGCAUGUCUCGUGGAUAUGGUUUCGUCCGAUUCUCCGACGAGAACGACCAGCAGCGCGCUUUGAGUGAGAUGCAGGGUGUCUACUGCGGUAACCGCCCAAUGCGCAUCUCUACUGCCACCCCCAAGAACAAGGGUCCUGGCGUCGGUCCUGGUGGUAUGGGCAUGCCUGGUCCCGCUGGCAUCUACCCUCCUGCUGCCAUGGGCGGUCCCCCUAUGGGCUUCUACGGUGCCCCCCAGCCAAUGAACCAGUUCACUGACCCCAACAACACCACGGUCUUCGUUGGAGGUCUUUCUGGCUACGUUACCGAGGACGAGCUUCGUUCAUUCUUCCAAGGAUUCGGCGAAAUCACCUACGUCAAGAUUCCUCCUGGAAAGGGCUGCGGUUUCGUCCAGUUCGUCCAGCGCCACGCUGCUGAGAUGGCCAUCAACCAGAUGCAAGGCUACCCUAUCGGCAACUCUCGUGUCCGCCUCAGCUGGGGUCGCUCUCAAAACAACUCUGGCCCCGCUGGCACACCCUACCGCCCAGCUCCUCCCCCUCCCAUCUACCCUAACAUGGGAAUGCCCCCUGCUCACCAGUACGGCGGUGGCUUCGCUCCCAUGAAGUUCAUCUACUCGCAACGAUCAGUGGGCCAAGUGCCCGCUCUUACAUCUUUCAUACCGAGCUUGCAAGCCCACAGUCCGUUCCGGGUGUCUGUUCACAGCUGGGAAAAGCCGCAACCGUCGCGCAUCUUGGAAAGUUUGAUGCAUCCUGAAGAUUGUGUGUUGUAUGAGGCUCGAAUCUAUACAGACAAUGUUUGUGUGGCGGGCACCCUGUUUGGUCCUCGGACUUCAUGGCCACAUGUCAUAGAAUUCGGUUCUUUGGUCGACAAGAACGGAAACCAGGAAGUACUUCGUUUCCCCCAGUUCCACCCCGAGGUCAUUGAUGCCUACGUCUGGGACGCAGCAGAGACUCUCGGUCGGAUUCGCGUGAUCAUAUCUGAAGGGCUUUCUCGUCCUAAUCGUUCACCACCUUUCGAGCGAGUCAAAGAUGUGGUCAUGUUCUCGUUCCAACAUGCUCCUCUCAAUGUUCUGGAGGCCUCCGGUAUAUCAUGGCCCAAUCCUAACAUGUGGAAUCAGCUCCCCUCCAACCUUUUCAGGCAAAUGCAUCAAGGUGGAUAUGGAGUGACAACCCUUGGUGGAUACAUUGAUUAUGACGGAUCUAAAGAUACGGGGGACCUCCACACACACUCACCGACACGCCACGACACACGUUACGAGCCUGGUCGAUUCGGGUGUGAAGGGCACUACCAGCACACGUUAUCAAACGUGCCCCAAUGGGCGCACAAGCCAAUUACUCCUGCAAUGAUACAACCAACUUCUUCAAUGAUAAAUUGGCCAAGUCUCACUGCAAUGAAUCCCAGAUUCAGUCAUCCAAAUCAAAUGAACUUCGAGGUCCUACCCGAUCCUUUUAUUGAACCGGGAUUAGCUCAUCAUUUGCGACAGUCUCAACGCAGUAUAGACGAUGUUUCGAUGCCUGACGCUGGUCCCCUUUCUGUGAGCAGUCGAUCCAUGUCUAGUAUUGCUGGCAUGAGUUUCGAGCAUAGUCAUCAACCAAGUAUUGUCUCUCGGGAUGGUGAUUCUUCGAGAGGUUACUGCGAUGCGAGGAUCGCUUCAAAGAUACAGACCACCGCAUCGUCAACUCAACAUACAGCCAUUCUGUCAAUGCCACCAGUUUCCCGACCGUCGGCAGCCGCCCAAGCCCGCUCUGAAUCAUAUUCAAAGAAUGCGUCCAGGGCCGUCUCCCAGGCAGAUCCGAAGGACUUCAGGCAAAUCUCAGGCUCAAGUGCGAGGUCCAGUCAGGCGGACCAUGUAUACGAGAUUGUCACUACUCGAAAGACCGUCGUCAGUCCGAAAGUCAAAGUCAAAGGCAAGAAAGAAAGCAAGACGUCUUCCAGAAAAAAUGCUCCCAUUGAAUCUGAGCCUGUGAGCGAGCCUUCCAGCAGAGAAGUGUCCAAGCUAGGCCCUCAUAAUCCCCAUGUUGAGAGUCCUCCCGCUGAUGAGGAGGAAAUCUGA